GGAAAGGAUUCAAAACUUAAAAAAAAAAAAAACUGGAGCCCAGAGGCAGCAUUACGCCAUUCUUCCUUCUUGGAAAAAACCCUCAGACUUAAAACAAGCCUCCUUCAAACCCUCCAUCAGUCCUGCAGCAGGAGAAAAGGGGCGGUCGGCUUUCUCCUUUCAAGAACGAGUUAUUUUCAGCUGCUGACUGAAGACGGGCGCACGUCUGGAUACAAGAGCGUUUCCACUAUGGGACUGGAUACAGACGCGCAAGAGGCACAUUUAAAGAAUCACAGACUGAAGAGAAACUCGCCCUUCCCGCUGCUGCCGCCGCUGCUGCUGCCGCUGUCGCCGCUGCCGCCGCCGCUGCCGCUGCUGCUGCUGCCUUUGAGGUUUUGUUCCUUUCAUGGUUUCUCCUGCCAAACCAGAGGUACCUUCGCCGCUGUUCUCUUUGGUGCCAUUCAGCGGCAGGUUAGAGGAUGAGACUCCCAAGACUCCUCGCUUUCCUGCUCUGGCACCUGACUUGGUUGGACCUAGAUCUUAUCAGCACUGUUCUGAGUGCCCCAGACCUGGCACAGAGAACCUCAGGGUCCAGACCGGGAUUGGCCAAGGCAGAAGCCAAGGAGCGAACCCCACCGGCCAGAGGCAGCUUCAGGCCAGGGGGACAUGGCUACAAUGGGGCAGCCACUAAUGCCAGGGCAAAGGGCAGCACCAGCCAAGCUGGAGGCCUACUACCCAAGAAGGAGCAGCCCAAAAAGAUGCCCUCAAGACCCGGAGGUCCUGAUCCCAAGCCAGAAUUCCCCCAGGCAAGGCAGGCGGGAGCUCGGACUGUGAUCCCCAAAGGGCAGCACCCUGGUGCCAAGGUUCCUCCAAAAGGUGGCCCCAGCUCCAGUACCUUCCUACUGAAAAAGGCCAAGGAGCCAGGGCUCCCAAGCGAGCCCAAGGAACCAUUCCGACCGCCCCCAGUCACGCCCCAUGAGUACAUGCUCUCCCUGUACAGGACGCUCUCGGAUGCUGAUAGGAAGGGGGUCAAUGGCAGCGUGAAACUGGAAGCUGGGCUGGCCAACACCAUCACCAGCUUCAUAGACAAAGGGCAAGAUGACAGAGGUCCUGCAGUUAGAAAGCAGAGGUAUGUGUUUGACAUCAGUGCCCUGGAAAAAGAUGGGCUGUUGGGAGCCGAGUUACGGAUCCUUCGGAAAAAGCCCUCAGACGGGUCAAAGGCAUCUAUCCCUGGGAGGCCAGCCCAGCUGAAACUGUCUAGCUGUCCCAAUGGCCGGCAGCCGGGCAUCUUGCUUGAUGUACGUUCUGUGCCAGGUUUGGACAGUCCCCGUUGGGAAGUGUUUGACAUCUGGAAGCUCUUCCGAAAUUUUAAGAACUCAGCUCAGCUGUGCUUGGAGCUAGAGGCUUGGGAUCGAGGCCGGGCCAUGGACCUACGUGGGGUGGGCUUUGACCGAGUUGCCCGUCAGGUCCACGAGAAGGCCUUGUUCCUGGUUUUUGGCCGCACUAAGAAACGUGAUCUGUUCUUCAAUGAAAUUAAGGCUCGCUCUGGCCAAGAUGAUAAGACUGUGUAUGAAUAUCUAUUUAGUCAACGUCGGAAACGGCGAGCCCCCCUCACAACACGCCAGGGCAAGAGGCCCAGCAAGAAUCCUAAGGCCCGUUGCAGUCGCAAGGCACUGCAUGUCAACUUCAAGGACAUGGGCUGGGAUGACUGGAUCAUUGCACCCUUGGAAUAUGAGGCCUUCCACUGUGAAGGACUCUGUGAGUUUCCCCUGCGGUCUCACCUAGAGCCCACCAACCAUGCUGUCAUCCAGACUCUUAUGAACUCCAUGGAUCCAGAAUCUACCCCCCCUACAUGCUGUGUACCAACAAGGUUGAGUCCCAUCAGCAUCCUCUUCAUCGAUUCUGCCAACAAUGUGGUUUACAAGCAGUAUGAGGACAUGGUUGUGGAGUCCUGUGGCUGCAGGUAGCAGCAUCACCCUUCCAGACACCCACUCUUCUCCAUGGUCAUGGCCACUAUUGUGUGGACCUCCUUUUUCCAUCUGUAUCCUAAUUCCCAGGACCAUUGAUGAGGUGGGGAGCCAUAGCUAAGAGCAAUUUGUUAAGCCUCAUUUUCCCCUUGGAAGAAGGGUAGUGCUUCCAGGUAUCCUCUUCCAUUAUCCCCUUCUGUGACUCUGGCUAGCGAGCCCCUCACCAAAUUGCAUCUCUCUCAGAAGGCAUGUUCCUAUCUGAGGGACCCUCCUACCCUAAUUUGAGUAUUUUCCAGGCAUCAGAAGGUCCCUUUUAUGAGACAGCAGCAUUAGUGCUGUUCAGACUUUCAGGAAUAAACUAUGCCUAGGAAGUACGAACUUGAGGGUGAUGGAGAUAUCUGGAGUUAAUUUUCUUCAAAAAGCCCCCUCUCAGUUCCAGACUCAAUCUCAGACAUUCCACCGGUAGCCUCUCCUCAGUUUGAGGAACCCCUAGGGAAGUCUGGCUGCUUCCUGGGGUUUUCAUGGAAAGAUAGCAUUGGAUCUGACUUUACAUACACAGAGUGUAAAGUGACCUUUUCUGUUUCUGGCUUGACAGAAAGAGGAGCUAAAUGGACAAAGGUUGGGGAACAGAGGUUGGGGUUUAGGGGAAGGAGGGAAUAGGGGAAGGGGUAUUAGGCUAUUAUAUUGUUAGAGUAACUGUACAUUGGCUAUGAUAAAGAGCAAAAACACAACUUACAGCUGUGACUAAUUCACUCUGGUCCCCUAAAAGUGAUGUUUCCUACAUUCAGGAUCAGGGUUAGGGAGGGGGUCCUUGCUUUUGGAGGGGGGUGGCCAGGACAUUUGCCUCUCCAGCUUCUCCCCCAACUUGAGCUGUAAACUGUCCAGAAAGAGGGUUGAAUCUGGCAGUUCCCCUCUGACCUGAUUCCUUUUGCUCCCAAAGUUGUUUUCGCUGGAAGCUUCUGUCUGUUCCUGGGUGGAAAGAGCUGUCUCCAUUGUGUUUUCUCACUAAUGUUCAUUUGCUUGAUCACGUUCUCUAGAAAUAGACUGUUCAGUUUUUCUUUAAAAAGAAAAAAAGAUAUAGGAAGACUGUGACAUUUCAUUUAUUGACCUCAUUCUCAGCACUAAGUACAACCCCUUUAUAUCUUCGUAAAUUACUCUUCUUCUACAUGAAGGGUUAAUAACCUUUCUACCUUUUACCUGUAAGGGCACUUUGGGAUAUAGGAUUCCCUCAGGUGUGGGGCCUCAGAAGUGGAACCCUCUUAGACAUGGAGACUCAAGAAAUAUGAGACUUCAGUUUUGGUGAUUUGGGACAUUAAGCUUGAUGAAAUAUGGGGAAACUCUCUCAAUUAUGGAGACUUGGGAUUUAGGAAACUGGAGGAUAAGGAGACAACUUCAGGUAAGAGAGUUUAGAAUGUGGUACUUCCGCAAACUUAGGGGCCUCUUUUGGAUUUAGUCACCUGGGAUAUGGCCCUUUCAGGUGUAGGUACUCCAGGGUUUGGGGGAUCCCUGUGGUUUGAAAAAUUGGGAUAUUCAACUUCCUGACAUGUGUGAUAUUUGGAGAUAUAGUACUUUUGUAGGCAUGGAAACUUAGAAUAUGGAGACUAGACAUUGAAGGAAAAUCUUAGAUCGAAGACUUGCAAGGUUGGCCUUCUUCAGGUAUAGGGACUUAAUGAUAUAGUGAGCAUCAGAAAUAAGAUUGGGAUCUUGAUCAUAUAGCAGUUCCUGUCUUUUGGCUCAAACUCUUUAUCUCCAGCCCAUGGAUAUAUUCAAGUCUCUCCAGAGCUAAGCCUUUGAUCCCUAGAGGGCAGGGUAUGGUCUGAGUCAAAUCCCACAGUGAAAAUUUCUACAUCCUUGUCCGACAAGAAGCUGUGCCAGAAAAGGAGUCAGAUAUCCAGACACUGGAGAAAAAAGCCCUUGGAACUGGUUGUAACCAGUAAUCCUUGCUACUGGUGAGGUCGGCUUCAGGCCAGUGGAUUGCUUGAGCUUAGGAGUUCUGAUGCACAGUGUUUUAAACCAAUGCAGUGUCUACAUUAAGUCCAGUAGUAAUAUGAUAAGUCUUUGAGAACUGGAUGCUACCAGACUGCCAAAAGAGGGGCAAACCAACCUAAGUCCAAAAUGGAGCAGAUCAGAACUCCCAUGCUGAUCAGUGAUGGAUUGGACCUUUAAGUAAGUGGCCACUGUACCUCUAGGCUAGGCAAAAUAGAGAAAACUAGUCUCCAAAAACAAACAAAAACAAAAAAGCCUAUGGAGGAGGUCUUCUCCUGAGCAAUCAACCUUUGUCCAGGGAGGAUUAAUUUCCUUCUUGGAAAGUUGGACUGAUUUUUUUUUUUAAUGGUGGAGCUGUUGGAAGAAGAGUAUAUAUAGAGAGAGACUGUGCUAUUCAUUCAGCAGGGUCAGAGUAGGGUUUGGGGAUAUGAGGGCCCAGAGAGAAGUGAAAGGCUAGGGAAGAGGAAUGGAAGAUUAAUUAUUCCAGUGUCUCUAGAAAAUCUGGAGGCCAAGUAAAGCUAAAAUAUGAGAGCCUGGGCUGAUGGGCAAUGAGGGAGUUGAGAACCCAAGGGGAGGGAGGGUGAAAGAUCAAAGAUGAAUGGCUUCCAGGGAUAUCCAUAUCUUGGGUUAAAACCCCUCCAGGAUUCUGUGGAAAUUUUAGGAAGAACUAAAGGUAACAUUAUGGGAUGAUUUCCAGUUUUGAAAAAAGCUUGUUCUAGGUUUGAUCUCAGAGCUGUAUGAUCUUGAACAAAUCACUUGCUCUCUCUCAACCUCAGCCUCCCCAUCUGUAAAGUGAGGGAAUGGCACUAGUUUGUGUCUACGGGCCUUUCCAGCUCUGCCAUUCUUUGUUUCUAGGAUUCUAAGUGGGCUGUACAUGCAUGGGUAAUGAGAAGAUGCUUACCUUCUGCAAGUAUCAAAGGAGGACACAGGGAAGAGAUAUGAGAAUCACCCAGCUCUAUAUAGUUGGAAUAGAAAGUCUGAGAAUAUGGAAGUUGGAUCUUAUGAUUUCCUUUUUCUAGUACUUUGGGGUCCCUGGUAUAGCCACCUUAACCUCUACCAAAGUGUCAUUAGGUACCAUUAGAAUACUUCAUACAACCUCAUUUCCCAAAAGGAUGACUCAGAUGACAUCAUUCCCCACUGGUUUAUCUUUUUUUUCUUUUCUAAAUUUUUAUUUUUUCCCAAAUUACAUGUAAAAAUAGUUUCCAACAUUUUUCAAAGAAUAUUGAGCCUCAAAUUCUCUCCUUCCCUCCCUCCCCACUUCCCACUCCACACUCCCCAUUCUGAGAUGGUAAUUAAUCGCAUAUAGAUUUUACAUGUGUAGUCAUGUAAAAAAUAUUUUCCCAUAUUAAUCCUUUAGUGGAAGGAAACUCAAGUGAAACAAGAAAGAAAGUGAAAAAAAGUUUUCUUUUGUCUGGAUUCAGAUUUUGUCAUUUCUUUUUCUUUUAAAGCAGAUGGAAUUUUUUUAUCAUGAGUUCUUUGGGAUAGUUUUGGAUCAUUGCAUUACUGAGAAAAACUAAGUUAUUCACAGUUGUUCAUUGUACAGUAUUCAUGUCACUGUGUACAGUGUUCUUCUGGUUCUACUUUUUUUGCUUUGAUUCAGUUCAUGUAAGUCUUUCCAGGUUUUUCUGAAUUCCUGCUUGUCAUUUCUUAUAUCACAAUAGCAUUCCAUUAUAAGCAUAUACUGUUACUUACUUAGCCUUUCCCCAGAUGAUGGGUACCCCCUCAUUUUCCAAAUCUUUGUCCCCACAAAAAGAGCUGCUUUAAAUAUUUUUGUACAUAUAGGCCCUUCCAUUUUUUUAAAAAAAUCACUUUGGAAUUAGAAACCUAGUAAUAGUAUUGCUAGGUUCGAGGAUAUGUACUGUUUUAUAGUCUUUUGGGCAAGAUCCAAUUUGCUCUCCAGAAUGAUUGAAUCAUUUCACAACUCUCCCAAAAGUACAUUAGUGUCUCAAUUUUUUCACAUCCCCUUCAAAUUUUGUCAUUUUCCUUUUCUGUCAUAAUAGCCAAUUUGAUAGGUGUGGAAUGGUACCUCAGAAUUGUUUUAAUCUGUGUUUCUCUAAUUAAUAGUGAUUUAGAGCAUUUUUGCAUGACUAUAGAGAGCUUUAAUUACAUUGAGAAUUGCCUGUUCAUAUCCUUUGACCAUUUAUCAAUUAGGGAAUGACUUACAUUCUCAUAUAUUUGACCCAUUUCUCUAUGUAUUUGAGAAAUGAGACCUUUAUUAGAGAGACCUGUAAAAAAAUUUAUUUUUUAAAAAUCAUUCCAUCAUUUUCAACUCAUACUUUUGCCUUCAGUCUAUGUAAACUUCUUCUAACUGCCCCAAUAAUGAUAAAGUUUUUGGAGUUACAAGAAUCAUCUCCCCAUAUAGGGAUAUACACAGUUUAAUCCUAUUUAAUGUCUUUUAAUUUCUCUUUCCCUUUUUAUGCUUCUCUUGAGUCUCUGGUCUUUUCAUCAGGAAUGGUUGAAAGUCCUCUAUUUCAUUGAAUACUCAUUUUCUCUUCUUGAAGGAUUAUGCUCAGUUUUGCUGGGUAAGUGAUUCUUGGUUGAAGUUCUAGCUCCUUUGCUCUCUGGAAUGUCAUAUUCUAGGCCCUGUGAUCCUUUAAUAUAGAAGCUUCUAAAUCUUGUGUAAUCCUGAACCUGGCUCCAUGAUGUUUUAAUUGUUUCUUAUUUUGUUGCUUGCAAUAUUUUCUCCUUGACCAAAUUUUAGAAUUUGGUUAUAAUAUCCUUGGGAGUUAUUCUUUUUGGAUCUCUUUCAGGAGGUGAUUGGCUGAUUCUUUCCAUUUCUAUUUUGGCCUCUGGUUCUGGAAUAUCAGGGCAGUUUUCCUUGAUGAUUUCUUGAAAGAUAAUAUUUAACCUCUUUUUUGGAUCAUGACUUUUGGGCAAUCCAAUAAUUCUUAGAUUAUCUCUCCUGGAUUUAUUUUCUCAGACAAUUGUUUUCCCAAUGAGACAUUGCAUAUUUUCUUCUAUUUUUCUUUUAUUUUUUACUUUGAUUGUUUCUUGAUGGUUCAUGGAGUCAUUAGCUUCCACUUGCCCAAUGCUAAUUUUUAAGUUAUAAUUUUCUUGAGUGAGCUUUUGUGCCUCCUUUUCCAUUUGGCCAAGUCUACUUUGUAAAGAGUUCUUUCCUUCAGUGAAUUUGUGUAUGUAUUUUUCCACCUAACUAAUUCUACCUUUUAAGAAGUUCUUUUCUUCAGGGUUUUUUUUUUUAAUAUCUUUUUUUCUAUUUGGCAAAUUGUGCUUUUUAAGAAGUUCUUCUCUUCAUUGGAUUUUUUUUGUGUGCCACUUUUACUGAUUGGCCUAUUCUGUUUUUUAAAGUAUUAAGUUCUUCAGUAUUUUUUGUAUCUUUUUCACCAAGCUGUUGACUCUUUUUUCAUGAUUUUCUGGUAUCACUUUCAUUUAUUUCCCCAACUUUUCUUCUACCUCUUUUACUUGAUUUUUAAAAUCCUUUUUGAGCUCCUCCAUUAAUUCUUUUUUUGUACCUGAGAGUAAUUAAUAUUUUUCUUGGAGGCUUUGGAUGUAGCAGUAUUGACUUUGUUAUUGUCUUCUCAGUUUGUAUUUUGGUCUUCCCUAUCAUCAAAAUAAAUUUCUAUUUUGGGGCUUUUUGUUUAUUUGCUUAUUUUCCUGUCAUUUUCUUUUCUUUUAAUUUAAAAUAGUAAUAAAGUUGAGGUCUGUACCUCAGGUGAAGGGAGCACUGUUCUAAGCUUCAGGUUCUUUAUGCAGUUGCCUAUAGAGCUGGCUCUGGUAAUCUAUCUACUUUCAGUUCUUCCAAGGUGGCAAGAUUUAAGAAGCAGUAAAUACUUUUGAGGCUUGUUCUCUGGUCUGGGGGUAACCAUAAUUCCACUUUGGAAUUGUGACUGGGUUUCCCUGCACUUCUGUGACCACAAGUUGGUAUAUAUUUGUGCUUCUCCUCCCCCUGAGAGUGUGCUCCAAGACUGCUUCCUGGAUCUGCAUAUGUGCAAUAUAAUAGGAUUCUUGCAUACAGAACCUGCAAAGGGACCCUUGUCGUAUCUUUCUGAACAGUUGUCUGAUUCCCCCAUUACUGUCUGAGGCUGAGAACUCUGGAUGCCUUUGCUGUUGCUUCAGCUAUACCCAAGGCUUUGUGGGGCCUACCCUGGUGCACUGAGCUCUACCUCCACCCUGGUGUACUAGAUCCCUCAUGCUGACCUUCCAAGUUAUUUUGGGCUGAAAAAUUACUUCAUUUUGGUUUUUUUAGGUUAUGCUGCUCCAGAAUUAAUUCUGAGGCAUUAUGUCAUAGUUUUCUGGAGGGUAAUCCUUGAGUUCCUCACCCCCUUUCUCCUUCCCAGUUGCCUAGUGCUAGAAAAUUCUAUUAGCCUAUCUUCUCUAAUUGUAUUCCAGAAAUGUUACUGGAAGAACUCAUGAAACCAUGUGUUCACUAAAAAUUUGUGCUAUCCAACCCUCAAUUGGUCUCCUAUUGCUACAAGGCAAUUCUUUAUUUAACCCUUAUUGGUUCCCAAAGAUAUCCAUCUGCACUGGAAAUGCAUGGAUGAAAGUCCAUGGGAAAAUGGAUGAAGGAUGCCUAUUCCUAAAUAAUGAAAAGUAACUGAAUAGUGGUGGUCCAUUAUGGGAAUAUGUAUAUGCACACCUACAUGUAUAAGGGCACACUCACACACACAUGCAUAUAUAUAUAUUUGUAUAUAUAUACUUGCAUAGGAAAGAUACAUGUAUGAAUAUUGCACGAGAAUUUUGAUGAUCUUGAGCUGUUUGCUGUCCUAAACUCACAUAUCUAUUCCCAGUAAUGGUUGUGAAUCAUAAAAUAUUGUUAUCUCAUAAGAAUUAAAUUAUAAGUUAUCCAGAAAGUUAUGGAAGGAUAUGUGGUAGAUGUGGGUAGCCUACAACAUAUUACCAAUAUACUUGCACCCAAGAAGUAGAAUAAAAAUAUAUCACCAAGAAUAUUUGUGAAUAGAGGAGCUAUGUUAGCCAGGCAGUAAGAGUGAGGGAUGAUAGAUGGUUGACCAAAGGACUACACUGGGACAUAAAAAAUAUGAAUGGAACCAAAGUAAGGCCUCUGGCAGGUUAGGUAGAACUUGUAAGGAGAAUUUACAAAAAGACCUUCACAAAAAUCAUACAAGAUGAGAAGACAUGAAAGUGUUACAGUCUUAAUCACUGGAUAGAGUUUAUCUCCAUGGACACAUAAAAUCAUGAAUGGGUCUAAGUACUAAACCACUGGCUUCCUAUCAUCUCCUUGCUAUGAUUAUUCCAAACUUUUCCUUUCUAUUGAUCCUCCAACUCUUCUCCACCAACUUUCUUCUUAGGGGAUGAUUUAAAUUCCUAAUUGACUAGAGUUCAGGCAAUCUAAUUCAAACUCCUCAAUUUACAUUCAGAUGAAUUCCUCAGACUUUCAGUCUUUGUCUCAUUUCUCUCUUUCAGAGGCAGCACUAUAUUAUGGAGAGAGUACCAGACUUGAAGUUCAGAGGAAUUGGUUGAAAUCCCAGUUCUUCUAUUUAUUAUCUGUUUGACAUUGGGCAAGUCACCUAACCUAGUCAGCAGAGAGGCAUAGUAGUUAUGGUAUAGAACCUAUAGUUGGAAUGAACUGAGUACAAACCUGUCCCUAGACACUUAUUACUUAUGAGGCCCUGAGCAAGCCACAAUCUCUGCCUCAGUUUUCUAUUUAUAAAAUGGAGAUAAUAAUAACAUCUCUUUCCCAGAUUGGCUGUGAUGAUAAAACAAACUACUUGUAAAGUGCUUUGUAAGUUUUAAGAUGCUAUAUAAAUGCUUGUUAUCCUCCUCUUCCUCCUCUUUGGACUUCAGUUUCCUUAUCUGAAAAAUGAAAGUCAGUUUAGAUGGCUUUUCAAGUUCUUUCCAAGAUCUCAGAGGAUGGAAUGAGACUCCUUUGCCAAAUCUAAUCCUUCUACCUAUGCUCUUCAUUUCAUCCUUGCCCAUUCACAUGAGUUUGCCUGAUGGAGCAACCAACCCCUUUUUCAUUCAACUUCCAACUCUUCUUUUUCACAGAUCUGUUCCUAUUUUCCUUACAAGUACUACUUCCUCCCCAAAACUUUUCCUUCUUCUAUAUAGCCCUUCACCUAUUUUUCAUCAUUUUCCUCCUCUUUACUUUUAAACUGAAAAAAAAAAUUAAAACACUUGCCUAAUGCAUCUUCAUUCUUCACUGUUUCCUCAAAGCGUCAUGAUGUAGCUUUAGGCUUUUCAGUGUGCUAAUGCACCUUGGGAUAAAUAUUAACAUUGCUUUUCCCCCAUGUGUGCCCACUCCAAGGUUACCAGCAACCUCUCAUUUGACAAAUUCCAAAACCUCUUGUCAGUCUUCUUCCUUUUCCUCCUUAGAAUCAAUACUAUUCCAAGGCAGAACAUUAAGAGCUAGACAAUUGGGGUUAAAUUCUUGCCCAGAGUCACACAAUUAUAAAGUGUCUAAGGUCAUAUUUGAAUUCAGGAUUUCUUGUCUCCAGACCAAGGUUUCAAUCCACUGAGCCACCUAGAAGCCCCCACCAUUUUCUUCUUGAUGCUUUUUUCUCCUUUGGCUUUUGCCACUAUGCUCAUUCUUGGGUCUCUGCCUUCAUCUCUGACUACUCCUUUAGAGUUUCUUCAUUAGUACUUCUUCCUCUCUUACCCUUUUAGGUGUGGCUAUCCCAUAAGACUCUGACCUUAGCUUUCUUUCAUCUUCCUCUAGUCUUUCCCUUGAGGACUGGAUCCACUCCCAUGGUUUCCACAUUCAACUUUAUGUAAUUUUCUUUCAAAUCCCCAUAUUCUGUCCAGUCUUCUCUCUCUGAGCUUUGUUCACACUAACCAGAAUAUUACUGGCAUAGGCACAGUCAUCUCUGAUUCUUCUUUAUUUUUCCAACUCCAUCCCACCCAUUGGUUUUAUCUCCAUAACUUGUCUCAUAUCUUUUCCCUCAUUUCCACUCCUACAGCCACCCUCACAACUUCUCAUAUGCAUUAUUGUAAAGACUUCCUAACUGACCUCCCUGCCUCUAACCUUUCUCUUCAAUUCAUCCUUAACCCACUUAUCAAAAUAAUUUUUUUAAACCCUUGCCUUCUUUCUUAGAAUUGAUACUAAGAACUGGUUCCAAGGCAGAAGAAUUGUACGGGCUAGGCAAUGGGGGUUAAAUGACUUGCCCAGGGUCACAGAGCUAGGAAGUGCCUGAGGUAAAAUUUGAAUCCAAGACUUCUCUCUAGGCCUGGCGCUCUAUCCACUGAGCAACUUAGUUGCCCCCAAAAUAAUUUUUAAUGCAGUGCUCGCUCUGAUUACAUCACUCCCCUACUCAAAGACUUUCACUUGUACCCUACUGCCUAUUGAAUCAAUCAAUCAAGAAGUAUUUAGGAAGUACAGGUACCUGUCACUGUGUUAGGUCUUGGGGAUACAAAGACAAAAGUGGAAGGGUCCCUGUCAUCAAACAGUUUACAUUCUAUCUUGGUAUAUGUAAAUACAUACAGAAUAAAUCCUAGGUAACUUUUUUGGGAGGGAGGAACUUGAAAUUUAGAGUAUUAGCCUCAUGAAGGUGAUGGUGGUUGAGUUGAGCAUUGUGGGAAAUAAGGUAUUCUAAGAUACAUAAAUAAAGAGAGAGUGCACUUCAGACCUGGGAGAUAGUUUGUGCAAAGACAUGGAGUCAGGAAAUGGAAAGUUGUGGACGAGCAACACAAGAAGAUCUCUUUAACUGGACUGUAGAGUGCAUGACAGGGAGUAAUAAAUCAUAAAGGUAGAAAGGUAGGUAGCAUAUAGAUUUGUGAAGGAUUUUAUUUUAUUUUAUUUUCUAUUUUUAAAAUAAUAUUUUAUUUUUUUCCCAAUUACAUAUAAAAUUUGUAACAUUUAAAACAAAGAACAUAUAACAACUUUUAGCAUUAAACUUUUUUUGAGCCCUGGAUUCUCUCCCUCCCUUUUUCCCUCAUUGAGAUAGGAAGCAAUCUAUUAUAGAUUUUACAUGUUAAAUCAUGUAAAACAUUUUCCAUAUUAAUCCUUUCAUAGAAGAAAACAAACAAAAAAUUAAGAAAGUGAAAUAUAAUAUGCUUUGAUCUAGAUUCUGACUGCCAGUUCUUUCUCUGGAAGCAGCUUGAAUUUUUCAUCAAGUGCUUUUUGCAGGACAACUAGGUAUUCAGUGGAUAGAGAGCCAAGGUCUGGAGAGGGGAAGUUCUAGGCUCAUAUCUGGCUUCAGAUACUUCUCUAACUAUAUGACCCCAGGCAAGUCACUUAACUCCCUUUGCCACUCUUCUACCUUGUGGAACCAAUACUUAGUAUCAAUUCCAAGAUGGAAGGUAAGAGUUUAAAAAAAAAAAGAAUCCUUUUGUAUUAUCUUGAAUCAUGGUACUGCAGAGAAUAAGUUAUACAGUUGUUCAUUGUCCAAUAUUGCUGUUACUGUGUACAACAUUCUCCUGAUUCCACUUAUUUCCCUCUGCAUCAGUUCAUGUAAAUCUUUAAAGGUUUUUGUGUGAAGAGUUUUACAUGGCAAACAGAGAAGUUGGUGUUUGAUUCUGGAGAUAAUAAGGAACCCUUGAAUUUGAGAGAGGAGUAAUGAAGUAGUGAGACCAUUUGGGGAACUAUUACAAUAAAUCAAGUGAGAGGUUAUGGAGGCCUGAACUAGGGCAAUGGCUGUAUGAGGGGAAAUGAGGGAUCAUGUGUGAGAGAUGUUGUGGAGGUAGAGUUGACAAGCUUUGGUAACUACUGGAGUAUCUCAGUGUAGCCAGUAUUGCAUUACCUUUUUUGGUUGCUUUAUCAUUCUACUGGCUCACAUUGAGCUUAAAUUCUACUAAGACCAUGAGAUCUUAGACAAACAACUGAUUGCCUUUUCCCAACCUUAUACCAGUGAUGUAAAUUUUAAUACUUAAGUGCUCAUUUAUGUUUAUCUUGAUUAAAUUUCUUAUUUUAUUAAAUUCAGCCCAAUGUUUUAGCCUAUAAAGAUCAAGUAGACAGCUCAGUACAUAAUGGAUAGAGGUUUGGACUGGAUUAAAGACCUGAAUUAAAAUUUGACCUCAGACACUUUUGAGGUAUGUGACCCUAAGCAAUUCUCCUAACCUCUAUCUCAGUUUCUUCAUCUGUAAAAAUGGGAAUAAUAGCACCUAUCAUUUAAGUGGACAAGAAAAUUUCGAGGGUCAAAUGAGAUAUUUGUAAAGUGCUAAGCAUAGUGCUUGGCACAUAGUAUUAGCUGAGUGACCAUGGACCAUGGACCUUUGAACCUCAGGUCUCAUCUGUAAAAUGAGUAUAAGAGGUCCUGGAGUACUAUUGAAUAGGUCUGUAUGAAGAUCAACUAAGAUACUCCAUGUAAAAUGCUUUGCUAUUCCUAAAGCAUAUAUAUAUCAAAAUACUUAAUGCAUCUAUGAUAUUAUUGUUGCAUCUCUUUCCUCUUCAGAUAUAGAGCACAUAUUCAAGUAUAUCGUUUCAGUUUGUGUAAUUCUUGUCCAUUUUCCCCAUAGGUCCUCAAAAAAAAGAGUUUAAUGUGCAAGGGACUUUCUACAUGUAUUAUCAUGCAAAACAUAUUUACAUAUUAUUCAUUUUUGUAAGUGAAUAAUCUUAUAAAACCAAAACCUCCAAACACAUACCCAAAUAAACAGGUGAUAAAUCAUAUGUUUUCAUUUGCAUUUCUACUCCAACAGCUCUUUCUCUGGAGGUGGAUAGCAUUCUUUUUCAUAAGUCCCUCAGAACUGUCCUGAAUCAUUGAUUUGCUGUUAGUAGCUAAGUUUAUCACAUUUGAUUGUUCUACAAUAUAGCUAUUACUAUGUAUAAUGUUCUCCUGGUUCUGCUUAUUUCACUCUUUAUCAGUUCAUGUAGGUCUUUCUAGCUCUUUCUGAAAUCAUCUUGCUCAUCAUUCCUUACAGAACAAUAGUAUUCCAUCACCAUCAUAUACCACAAUUUAUUUGGCCAUUCUCCAAUUGAGGGACAUCCUUUUAGUUUCCAAUUCUUUGUCACCACAAAAAGAGCAGUUAUAAAUAUCUUUGUACAAGUAGAUCUUUCCCCUUUAAAGAAAAAUCUUUUUGGGAUACAGAUCCAUAAGUGGUGUUAUUGGAUCAAAGGGUAUGCAUUGUUUUACAGAUCUUUGGGUAUAAUUCCAAAUUGUCCUCCAGAAUGGUUGGAUCAGUUCACAGCUUUUACCAGCAAUGCUUUAAUGUCCCAAUUUUGUCACAUCCCCUCCAACAUUUAUCAUUUUCCUUUACUGUUAUAUUGGUCAAUCUGAUAGGUGUGAAGUGGUACCUCAGAGUUGUCUUAAUUUGCAUUUCUCUAAUCAAGAGGAAUUUAGAACAAUUUUUCAUAUGAUUAUUGAUAGUGUCGAUUUCUUUAUCUAAAAACUGCCUGUUCAUAACCUUUGACCAUUUGUCAAUAGGAGAAUGACUUGGAUUCUUAUAAAUUUGAUUUAAUUCUUUUUGUAUUUAAGAAAUUGGACCUUUAUCAGAGAAAUUUGUCAUAAAAAAUUUCCCAGUUUAUUUUCCUUCUAAUCUUGGUUUCAUUGAUUUUGUUUGUACAAACAUUUUUAAUUUAAUAUAAUCAAUUAUUCAUUUUACAUCUUGUAAUGUUUGCUAUCUCUUGUUUAAUCAUAAAUUCUUCCCUUUUCCAUAGAUGUGAUAGGUAAACUAUUCUAUGUUCCCCUAAUUUAUUUAUGAUAUCACCCUUUAUGUCUAAAUCAUAUAUCCUUAAACUUUUUUUUUGUAUCAAAUGUAUACUUGUGAGUGUAUAUUUAGCAUUUCUUUUUAUUUGUAGGAAAUAAAUACCUGAUUCAUAUUGUA